AUGAAUUUAAGAACUGAGAAUCGGGAUAUUCUUUGGCUUCGUGGACUAACUGGCCUGAUGAGCAUUCUUUCAUGGGCUUACAGUUGUGGCUGCUUGGCCUACUGCAUUUACCUUCUCCUUAAAGUGGAAUUGACGAUCAUUCCCUCCUUAAAUAUUCUUGAUAUUCAGACAGGUCUAGUAAUAAUUCUGUGCAGUUCUGCACUCACAAUGGUAACUGGUAUGGCUGGAGCGUGUGGGGCCAUAACUCUACAAAAGGGUCCUCUUUUGUUGCAUUGCUGUCUGACAACUAUCGAGUGCAUUGGUUUUCUCGCUGCUGGGACACUGGCUCUUAGGAAUCGGGUGACGAUUGCAUCUCGAUUGGAAAUAGAAUUCAAUGGAAUGCUGAGGCAAUAUGUUGGAACAAACGCUCCUGACGAAAUUGUUUACAAAAUCCACACAAUUCAAUCGCUUUUGCGUUGCUGCGGUAAAAACGGCGAACAGGACUACUUACAUAUGGAGAGAUCACACCAUUGUUUCAGAGCAGUUUCACAAUAUCUUUUUUCCUUAUUCUCUGCGGCUUCUCUAAUGUCUUCGAUUCAAAAUGAUUUUUGA